AUGUCUGUUGAAGAAGUUACUCAAAAGACCCAAGACUUGAAAGUGGAAGAUAGCAAGCCAGCUACUGUUCUCUCUGACUCCAAGGACUUCGAAUUGAAGCAUCCUUUGAACAGCAAAUGGACCUUGUGGUACACCAAGCCAGCUGUGGAUAAAUCGGAAUCGUGGUCCGACUUGCUACGUCCAGUCACCAGUUUGGAGACUGUGGAGGAAUUCUGGGCCAUUCAAAACGGUAUUCCAAAGCCAUACGACUUGCCAAUCAAGUCUGACUACCACUUGUUCAGAAACGACAUCAGACCAGAAUGGGAAGACGAAGCCAAUGCUGAAGGUGGUAAGUGGUCUUACCAAUUCAAGAACAAGAGACACAAUAUUGAUGAAUUGUGGUUAAGAACCUUAUUGGCCGUCAUUGGUGAAACUAUCGAUGAAGAAGAUUCGGAAAUCAAUGGUUGUGUUUUGAACGUCAGAAAGGCUGUCUUCAAGAUUGCCAUUUGGACAAGAACCACAAACAUGAAGUCAUUGACUAACAUCGGUACCAAGUUCAAGCAAGUUUUGCAACUUGGAGAAGACGAAAAGUUGGAAUUCUACAACCACAGAACUUCUAACUCCGGCCAUGCUCCUCCAACCGCUGUAUUGUAA